AUGGCAUGGAACGCACAUUUACUGCAGUCCGUCAUCGUGACCCGUUCCCGGCGGGCAAGUCGAGGCAGGGUAUCCUGUAGGCGGAAGGCGAAUUCAAAACUGAUUUGUUCCUCUGAGCAGCUGUCAUCUGCCGUGCCCACGAACGUUUUGCCGGUUUCAGGACGAAACGGUGGAGCCGAAAACGCGGUCCAGGUCAGUUUAAUAGCUUGCCGCCAGGACAGAGUCGCUAGUCGUAUAUUUCUCUCUCUCUCUCUCUCUCUCUCUCUCUCUCUCUCUUUCUCUGCGUUCCUGCCUGCUAAUUUCCCGCCAGCUGCGUUCCUGCCUGCUGCUUUCCCACAAGCUGCUUUCCUGCCUGCUGCUUUCCCGCCAGCUGUUUUUCCGCCAGCUGCGUUCCUGCCUGCUACUUUCACGCCACCUGCGUUCCUGCCUGAUGCUUUCCCACCUGCUGCGUUCAUGCCUGCUUCUUUUCCGCCUGCUGCGUUCCCGCCAGCUGCUUUCCUGCCUACUGCAAUCCCCGCCUGCUGCUUUCCCGCCUGCUGCGUUCCCGCCUGCUGCUUUCCCGCCUGCUGUGUUCCCGCCAGUUGCUUUCCUGCCUACUGCAUUCCCGCCUGUGCUUUCCCGCCUGCUGCGUUCCCGCCUGCUGCUUUCCUGCUUGCUACGUUCCUGCCUGCUGCUUUCCCGCCUUCUGCGUUCCUGCCUGCUUCUUUCCCGCCUGCUGCGUUCCUACCUGAUAAUUUCCCGCCUGAUGCUUUCCCUCCUGCUAAGUUCCUGCCUGCUCCGAGAGAAAAUUUCCUUUUCCUUACUGUACCCUUGGAUCUAAAUAUGGCAGACGAAAACUCUGCGAAUGAGAUUUACAUUCAUGAUACCAUUAUACAUCCUCAUGUGAUUCUUCAUAAACUGCUACUCUCUCUCCAUAUUCUUUGUCUCGAAACUGAUAUAAAUUUCUUUUAA